AUGAGUGUUACUCUCCAGUGGGUUCAGCUUCAGCUGGUUUUAGUGGUCGAAUACAUAUCGCAUCAGCUCAAGCAGAUCUUCCUUCGGUUCUGGCCCUUUCUCGAGCGCCCAAUUGUGAAAGUGAGACAGGGAAGUGUUAAGGGCGUAACGGCCAAACUGCCCAAUGGCGAGCGAUACCACUACUUCAAGAGCAUUCCGUACAGCAAACCUCCGGUCGGGGAGUUGAGAUUCCGACCACCGGUUCCGUUGGAGCGAUUUGAGCAACCCAUCCUCAACUGCAGCUACGAAAGACCUGAUUUUAUACAUUUACAAGCUCCGAUGGACGUGCUGAUCAACGGGACGGAGUCGUCGCUUCAUUUGAGCGUCUACACUCCGAGAUUACCGUCGGAAGGUGUCUUAAGGUGUCCCGUUGUGGUGAUGCUUCCGAGUGGGGGGUUUCGAGCCUGCACCAACAGUGCCUUCAGCUUCAAUCCGGUACGCAUUGUCCAGCAGGGAGUGGUCGUGGUCACUGUCGGGUAUCGUGUUGGACCGUUGGGAUUCCUGUGUCUACCGGAUGUUGGUAUUAGUGGGAACGCUGGACUUAAAGAUCAACGGCUUGCGCUGAAGUGGGUUCAUGAGAACAUUAGCCAGUUUGGGGGAGAUGAAAAGAAUGUGACCUUGAUGGGGCUGAGUGCUGGCGCAUGGUCAGCUUAUCUGCACUAUCUGGCUCCGAAUUCCAGAAAGUACUUCCAUCGAGUGAUUUUAAAAAGUGGAGACGCCUGUACGGAAUCGGUGUUCCAGCUGGACCCGGAAGAAAAGGCUAGAAAGUUGGCGAAGCUUCUGGGCUGUCGAGGUAGCACAGAUCGUGAAGUUCUUGAAACGCUCAUGAAGGCCCCAGCGAGACUGUUGACGAAGCUUCAAAUGAAGAUCUGUAGUUCCCGGGAGACCAGCUGUCCGAUGAGGUACACCUUUCGGCCGGUCAUCGAACGUGAACCAACUGCGGACAGCAUAAUUUGCCAACCGCCGGAGCAGAUUCUCAAAUCGUACGAUACCCUGAGGAUGCCGAUCAUGUCCAACCUGUGCAACGACGAAGGAAUGCUGGGAAUUAUGAUUAGCCGGAAUCGACUGGACAAGUACAAUCAGGAGGAAUGGCUUGUGCCGCAAUUUUUGGGCCACUCGGAAAAUAUGGAUCGUCAAAGCGUAGGGAAAGAGGUCAAGCAGUUCUACUUUGGUGACAGGAAGGUUGGCCAAAAUUGUCGCACCGCUUUGUGUGACUUCAUGACGGAUUGCACCUUUGCCGUUACAACCAACUUGAGCGCCGAAUGGAUCGCGCGAUAUCAACCGAGAGUGGAGCACUACCACAGCUGCUUUUCGUACGAAGGUCGUUUUAACUAUGUGAAAGCUAUCAUGGGUGUUGAAAUGAGGGGAGCUGGUCACGGUGACGAUACUUACUAUCUGUUCAGUGCCCCUUUCGUAAAAAAGCUACCCAAAGACAGCGACGAGUACAAGAUAAGUGAGAUUGUAGUGAAAACCGUUACCAACUUUGCCAAAUAUGGCAAUCCGACGCCAGACGAGAGUCUUUUGGGAUUCCGAUGGAGGCCGGUUGCACCAAUACUGCACGGAUCGCCGGACACGUUCGAUUUGGAUUGUCUGGAGGUGAAUUUACACCCUCGGAUGAUUCGAAAUCCAAACCAAAAACGGAAAGAGUUUUGGAGGAAGCUGAUUCGAGAGAAUACUGGUUUGCUUUGA